UUAACUCCUCUCAAUUAACUCCUCUCUCUCUCUCUCUCUCUCUCUCUCUCUCUCACACACACACACACACAGAGGAACAGUUGCUUCGAACAUGUCUUCUCCUCCCUUCAGUUUAAUUCUUCCUUUCUUCCCUCUCCUGGACCACAUAUAUAUUUAAGAUAAGAUAUCACUCUUUUCGAAUUCCUUUAUCAAGCUUAGUUUCAGCACUAUGGCUGCCGACGUCGGCGGAGGGGCCUCCAGUACUACCGGCCGCUCUCUGCAAGUAACCCCCACCUGGGCUUUAGCAACCGUUUGCUUCGUGUUCAUCUUCCUGGGCAUUUUUAUUGAGCACCUGAUCCAUCUCCUUUGCCAUUGGCUAAAGAAACAUCGGAAGAAUGGCUUGUUUGAGGCAGUAGAGAAGCUGAAAUCAGUUUUGAUGCUGUUGGGGUUCAUGUCGCUGCUAUUGACUGCAACUCAAAGGCCCAUUUCCAGAAUCUGUGUAACAAAGGGGGUUGCAAACUCCAUGCUUCCUUGCCGGAAAAGCAUCCAAACGAAAACAACCAAACACCUGGCGGAUGUGUUCCCGCCGGAGAGAGUGUUGGCCGCCUAUUCUUCCUCCUCCGACGAUCAUUGUGCUGAGGACAAGACUUCUCUGAUAUCAGCUGAAGGGGUUAAUCAGCUCAGCGUCUUCCUCUUCGUGUUAGCUGUGAUGCAGAUUGUGUACAGUGUCAUCACUAUGGCUUUGGGAAGGGCCAAGAUGAGGCGUUGGAAAUGUUGGGAGCAAGAAACCCAAACAAUUGAAUACCAGACAGCUAACGAUCCGAAUCGAUUCAGAAUAACAAGGGAAACAACGUUUGGAAGGCGACACAUGAGCUCUUGCGCAACCACCCCUCUUCGGCUCUGGAUUAAAUGUUUCUUCAGACAGUUCUUCCACUCAGUCGCCAAAGUCGACUACUUCACCUUGCGGCGUGGCUUCAUUGCUGCACAUUUGUCAACGAAGAACACCUUCAAUUUCCAGAAGUACAUCCAACGAUCCUUGGAAGAGGAUUUCAAACUUGUCGUGGGCAUAAGCCCCAUCAUGUGGCUUGUGGUUGUCAUCUUCAUGGUAGUGGACGUGCAUGGCUGGCACGUUUAUCUCUGGAUAUCGUUUCUCCCCUUGAUUACGGUGCUAGUUCUGGGAACAAAGCUACAAGUAGUGGUGGCGAGAAUGGCGCUUCGGCUGCAAAAUCACAACAGCGUCAUCAGAGGAAGCCCUUUGGUGCAACCCAACGACAGCCUCUUCUGGUUCAGCCAACCCCAAUUCGUCUUGACUCUCCUCCACUACGUUCUUUUCAUGAACGCAUUUGAGCUUGCCUUCUUUGUCUGGGUCACGGUAGAGUUUGGGUUUCAUUCUUGCUACCAUGAACGAAUAGUGAUCAUCGUUAUCAGAGUGGUAUUAGCGGUGACGGUUCAAGUCCUCUGCAGCUACAUCACUCUUCCCCUCUACGCUCUAGUAACUCAGAUGGGAACUCAUUUCAAGGCCUCAGUGCUGGAGGAGCAAACGGCGGGCGUGAUAAGGCAAUGGCACGCACAGGUGAGGGAGAAGAGGAAGAAAGGCACCAGCCCCUCUUCCCAUUCAACUCCGCUGUGGAGGGAGGAUUCCGGCAGCGUGCCGAGCAUCACCGGCAUAGCCAAUUCGCCGGAUCUCUCUUCUUUUCUUCGCCGAUCGCUUACUCCUUCUCAUCAUAUAAUGGAAAAUGAUCAUCCGGAGAUCGUCCCAGACUACUACGACAACGACGACGAUCGUAUUCAACCGAGCCAAGCUCCGGCUUCAUCAUCCAGUGAUGAGGUGGAACUAGAAGUAGAGCUUUCGGAGAGACGAACCAAAACGGCAGCUUCUUCGGACCAACGACACACGGAAAAUGUUGUAUAAAAUAAAAUUUCCUUCUUAUAAGCAUUAUUUGGUAUUAUUUUUUUACUUUCUCUCGUUAGGUGUCAAAUUGUGAUUGAGAAAUUAAUAUAAAAAUUUAAUAACUAUCUAA